CUAAUGGCAGACGAAUGAGCAGCCAUGGCAGCCAUGGUUCCCCCAGUGAAGCUGAAAUGGCUCGAACACCUCAACAGCUCCUGGAUCACGGAGGACAGCGAGUCCAUCGCCACGAGAGAGGGCGUCUCCGUCCUGUACGCAAAACUAGUCGGCAACAAGGAAGUGGUGCCAUUGCCUCAGCAGGUCCUUUGCCUCAAAGGGCCUCAGUUGCCGGACUUCGAACGCGAGUCCUUGUCCAGCGAUGAGCAGGAUCACUACCUGGACGCCCUUCUCAGCAGCCAGCUGGCCCUGGCUAAGACGGUGUGCUCGGACUCCCCGUUCGCCGGAGCCCUCCGGAAGAGGCUGAUCGUGCUGCAGAGGAUCUUUCACGCGCUUUCCAACAAGUACCACGACAAAGGCAAGGCGAAGCAGCAGCAGCAUUCUCCGGAGAGCAGCUCCGGCUCCGCAGACAUCCAUUCCGUCAGCGAGCGGCCGAGGUCCAGCACCGACGCCCUGAUCGAAAUGGGGGUCCGCACGGGUCUGAGCUUGCUGUUCGCCCUGCUGAGGCAGAGCUGGAUGAUGCCGGCUUCGGGCCCCGGUCUGAGCCUUUGCAACGAUGUCAUCCACACCGCUAUCGAGGUGGUGAGCUCCUUGCCGCCCUUGUCCCUCGCGAACGAAAGCAAGAUCCCGCCCAUGGGACUGGACUGCCUGUCUCAAGUGACCACUUUCCUGAAAGGAGUGACGAUUCCGAACUCCGGGGCGGACACUCUCGGCCGGAGGCUGGCGUCCGAGCUGCUGCUCGGGCUGGCCGCUCAGCGCGGCUCUCUGAGGUACCUCUUGGAGUGGAUCGAGAUGGCCCUCGGGGCGUCGGCGGUGGUGAACGCCAUGGAGAAGAACAAGACGCUGCAGGCGCAAGAAGGGAUGAUCAGCUUUGAUUGUUUCAUGAACAUACUAAUGCAAAUGAGGCGAUCGCUGGGCUCAUCUGCUGAUCGAAGUCAGUGGAGAGAACCGACAAGGACCUCAGAUGGCCUCUGCUCUCUCUAUGAGGCGUCCCUGUGCCUCUUUGAGGAGGUUUGUCGCAUGGCAUCAGACUACUCCAGGACAUGCGCCAGCCCGGACAGUAUUCAGACCGGCGAUGCCCCCAUAGUUUCCGAGACCUGCGAAGUGUACGUUUGGGGCAGCAACAGCAGUCACCAACUCGUGGAAGGGACGCAGGAGAAAAUCCUCCAGCCCAAGCUGGCCCCGAGCUUUUCCGAUGCUCAGACAAUUGAAGCCGGCCAGUACUGCACUUUUGUAAUCUCUACGGACGGUUCCGUCCGCGCUUGCGGCAAAGGCAGUUACGGCAGGCUGGGCCUGGGUGACUCCAACAAUCAAUCCACUCUGAAAAAACUUACUUUCGAGCCUCACCGGUCGAUCAAAAAGGUGUCGUCCUCCAAAGGUUCGGACGGCCACACGUUGGCGUUCACGACGGAAGGAGAAGUCUUCAGCUGGGGCGAUGGCGAUUACGGUAAACUCGGGCACGGGAACAGCUCAACGCAGAAAUACCCCAAACUAAUCCAGGGCCCUUUGCAAGGAAAGGUAGUUGUGUGCGUAUCAGCUGGAUACCGGCACAGCGCUGCCGUUACGGAAGACGGCGAAUUAUAUACUUGGGGCGAAGGCGACUUUGGUAGACUAGGUCACGGUGACAGCAACAGCCGAAACAUUCCAACUUUAGUCAAAGAUAUUAGCAACGUAGGAGAGGUUUCCUGUGGCAGCUCGCACACCAUAGCUUUAUCCAAAGAUGGCCGGACGGUGUGGUCAUUUGGAGGAGGAGAUAACGGCAAGCUCGGUCACGGUGACACCAACCGUGUCUAUAAACCUAAAGUGAUAGAAGCCCUGCAAGGAAUGUUCAUACGGAAGGUUUGCGCCGGGAGUCAGUCGUCGCUGGCGCUCACGUCGACGGGGCAGGUCUACGCCUGGGGCUGUGGCGCCUGCCUCGGAUGUGGCUCCUCAGAAGCGACCGCGCUCAGGCCCAAGUUGAUCGAAGAGCUGGCUGCCACGCGGAUCGUGGACAUUUCCAUCGGGGACAGCCACUGCCUGGCCCUUUCCCACGAUAACGAAGUUUACGCUUGGGGUAACAAUUCCAUGGGGCAGUGCGGCCAGGGGAAUUCCACGGGUCCCCUGACGAAGCCCAAGAAAGGGAGCGGUCUCGACGGAGUCGCGAUUCAGCAGAUUUCGGCCGGGACUUCCCACAGCCUUGCCUGGACAGCCCUUCCUCGAGAUAGACAAGUGGUGGCGUGGCACAGGCCUUACUGCGUGGACCUCGAAGAAAGCACCUUCUCUCACCUCCGCUCUUUUCUCGAGCAGUAUUGCGACAAAAUCAACAGCGAGGUCCCGCCUUUGCCUUUCCCUUCGUCCAGGGAGCAUCACAACUUCUUGAAGCUCUGCCUGAAGCUGCUGUCCAACCACCUCGCUCUGGCGUUAGCCGGGGGAGUCGCCACCAGCAUCCUCGGGAGGCAGGCGGGCCCCCUGCGGAAUUUAUUGUUUAGACUGAUGGACUCAUCUGUCCCAGACGAAAUACAGGAGGUGGUAAUAGAGACUCUGUCGGUAGGAGCUACCAUGCUGCUGCCUCCGUUGAGAGAGAGAAUGGAAUUGCUGCACUCGCUCCUGCCCCAGGGGCCCGACAGGUGGGAGAGUCUGUCGAAAGGGCAGAGAAUGCAGUUGGAUAUCAUACUGACGAGUUUGCAGGAUCAUACUCACGUCGCCUCCUUGCUUGGCUAUAGCUCGCCCUCUGAUGCCACCGACGUUUCCUCUCUGUGUAUUGCUUACGGGAAUAUCUCCGAUCCAAUGUACAGCGCCCAGAGUAACCACCCGGACACUCAUCUGGCUGAAAUUCUAAUGAAGACUCUCUUGCGAAAUUUAGGGUUCUAUACCGACCAGGCAUUUGGAGAGCUGGAGAAGAACAGCGACAAGUUCUUGCUUGGGACAUCCUCCUCCGAAAACAGCCAGCCGGCCCACCUCCACGAGCUGCUGUGCUCCCUGCAGAAGCAGCUUCUGGCCUACUGUCACAUCAACAGCGUGAGCGAGACUUCCAGCAGCGUGGCGCUCCUCCACAAGCACCUCCAGCUUCUGCUUCCUCACGCCACGGACAUCUAUUCCCGAUCCGCCACCCUGCUCAAGGAAAGCUCUUGGAACGGCAGCGUUGGGGAAAAGCUGAGAGAUGUCGUCUACGUGUCUGCAGCAGGCAGCAUGCUCUGCCAGAUCGCAAACGCCCUACUGCUGCUUCCGGUGUCGGUCGCCCGGCCUCUCUUGAGCUACCUUCUCGACCUGCUGCCCCCUCUCGACCGCCUGAACAGACUUCUGCCAGCCGCCGCCCUUUUAGAAGAUCAGGAGCUGCAGUGGCCUCUUCAUGGUGGGCCGGAGCUUGUCGAUCCCGCCGGAGUGCCCUUGCCCCAGCCGGCCCAGUCAUGGGUAUGGCUGGUCGACCUGGAGAGGACCAUCGCCCUGCUCAUCGGCCGCUGUCUGGGCGGGAUGCUGCAGGGCUCCCCCGUGUCUCCCGAGGAACAAGAUACCGCCUACUGGUUGAAAACACCCCUGUUCAGCGAUGGAGUGGAAAUGGAUAUCCCUCAGCUGGACAAAUCCACGAGCUCCUUGUUGGAGGUGGCCCUCUCCGGCAACGAAGAGCAGAAGCCUUUUGACUACAAGCUUCAGCCGGGAGUCUCGGUCUUUGUGGACCUGGCCUUGGGCUGCGCCAAGGAGCCUGCCCGGAGCCUCUGGAUGAGCAUGCAAGAUUACGCCAUCAGCAAAGAUUGGGACAGCGCCACCUUAAGCAACGAGUCACUUUUGGAUACCGUCUCUAGAUUCGUUCUCGCUGCUCUGCUGAAACAUACAAAUUUACUUAGUCAAGCAAGUGGUGAGAGCAGGUAUCAGCCUGGCAAAGCACUAGUAGAGGUCUAUCGGUGCGUCUAUAAGGUCCGGAGUCGUUUGCUGGCUUGCAAGAACAUGGAACUUAUUCAGACGAGGUCGUCCUCCAGAGAGAGAUGGAUGUCUGAAAACCCGGACUCUGCCGACCGAGAGAGCCAAGAGCAGCCCUUUACUCGGACCAUUGACGAGGAAGCGGAAAUGGAAGAGCAGGCGGAGAGGGAACGAGGAGAAGGGCACCUGGAGCAAGAAGACGAAGAGGAGGAAAGGGAGCACGAAAUGAUGACCGCAGGCAAAAUAUUUCAAUGUUUCCUAUCAGCCCGUGAGGUCGCUCGCAGUCGAGACCGAGAGCGAAUUAACGGCGGGGGGGUGGGGGCUCGAGCGGACGAGCAGCCCCCUCCGUCCCAGCAGGAGCGCCGAGACAGCAGAGACCUCCCCGAGGGUCAGGACGUGUACACUGCUGCCUGCAACUCGGUGAUCCACAGGUGCGCCUUGCUGAUCCUUGGGGUCAGCCCCGUGAUCGAGGAGCUGCAGAAGCGCAGGGAGGAGGGGCAGCUGCAGCAGCAGCCGUCGGCGGGCACUCCGGAAGGGUCGGGGCUGAUGACCAGAAGUGAAAGUCUCACCGCAGAGAGUCGGUCGGUCCACUCCACUUCCAGUUACAAGCUGAUGAAAUCCAGGAGCGAAUCCGAUUUAUCGCAGCCUGAGUCAGACGAAGAGGGUUAUUCUCUGAGCGGAAGGCGAAAUGUGGAUUUGGACUUGGCGUCAUCGCACAGAAAGAGGGGAGUCAUCCAUAGCCCGAUGGAAGCUCUGAGCGACUCUUGGACGCGGCUGAAGCACAGCAGGGACUGGCUGUACAGCUCCGCGUGUUCAUUCGGGGAGUCGGACAUGGACUUCUCCAAAUCCGUCGGCGUUCACACCCUGAUAGAGAACGUCGUCAGCUUUGUAAGCGGGGACGUUGGCAACCCCCCGGGCUUUAAGGAGCCCGAAGAAAGCAUGUCAGCGAGUCCCCAGGCCUACAUCAUCGCCAUGGAGCAGCAGCAGCUGAGAGCAGAGCUGCGCUUGGAAGCCCUCCACCAGAUCCUGGUGCUGCUUUCUGGGAUGGAAGAGAAAGGCAGCACCCCCUCGGGAGGAAGCCGCCAAGGUCCGGGAUUUCCGUCUUCCUCGCUCCUCACUUCUGUGAGGCUGCAGUUCCUGGCCGGGUGCUUCGGUUUGGGUACCGUCGGGCAUGCAGGAGCCAAAGGGGAGAGCAUCCGUCUCCAUCAUUAUCAGGACGGCAUCAGGGCAGCGAAAAGGAGCAUCCAGACCGAAAUUCAGGUGGCCGUGCAUAAGAUUUACCAGCAGUUAUCUGCAACGUUGGAAAGAGCACUGCAGGCCAAUAAGCACCACAUAGAGGCACAGCAGCGCCUCCUGCUGGUGACCGUGUUUGCCCUCAGCGUUCACUACCAGCCGGUCGACGUCUCCCUGGCCAUCUCCACCGGCUUGCUGAACGUCCUGUCCCAGCUGUGCGGCACGGACACCAUGCUCGGCCAGCCGCUGCAGCUCUUGCCCAAAAGCGGCGUCUCCCAGCUCAGCACGGCUUUGAAAGUGGCCAGCACCAGGCUCCUUCAGAUCCUGGCCAUCACCACCGGCACCUACGCUGACAAACUGAGUCCCAAAGUGGUCCAGUCUCUGCUAGAUCUGCUGUGCAGCCAGCUGAAGAACCUCCUGUCGCAAGCCGGGGUGAUGCUCCUGGCUUCCUUGGGGGGGAAAGAAGACGGGGAAGAGGAGGAGGAGGAAAAGGCCGAGGCCAACGGAGAGAGUGAGAGGAAGGACUUCAGAGGGGCCCUGCGAAAACAGCACGCCGCGGAAUUGCACCUCGGAGACUUCUUAGUUUUUCUCAGAAGGGUUGUCUCUUCCAAAGCCAUUCAGUCAAAAAUGGCUUCUCCGAAGUGGACAGAGGUGCUGCUGAACAUCGCCUCUCAGAAAUGCUGUUCAGGGGUGCCCUUGGUGGGCAAUCUGAGGACCCGGCUGCUGGCGUUGCAUGUCCUGGAGGCCGUCCUGCCUGCCUGCGAGUCAGGCGUGGAGGAUGACCAGAUGGCACAGGUAGUGGAACGGCUGUUCUCCCUUCUGUCUGACUGCAUGUGGGAGAGUCCAGUUGCUCAAGCCAAGCACACGAUUCAGGUCAAAGAAAAGGAACAAGAAGUGAAGCUUCAGAAGCAGGGAGAAUCCGAAGAGGAGGAGGAGAACCUUCCGAUCCAGGAAGUGUCGUUUGAUCCCGAGAAAGCCCAGUGUUGCAUCGUGGAGAACGGACAGAUCUUAACUCACGGCAGCGGAGGGAAAGGCUAUGGAUUAGCAUCCACUGGAGUCACUUCUGGUUGUUAUCAGUGGAAGUUCUACAUUGUGAAGGAGAACCGAGGCAACGAAGGCACGUGCGUGGGAGUGUCUCGCUGGCCCGUCCACGACUUCAAUCAUCGCACCACCUCGGACAUGUGGCUGUACAGAGCGUAUAGCGGCAACCUGUACCACAAUGGGGAGCAGACCCUGACGCUGACCAGCUUUACCCAGGGGGACUUCAUCACCUGUGUGCUGGACAUGGAAGCAAGAACCAUUUCCUUUGGUUAUAACGGAGAGGAGCCAAAACUGGCUUUUGAAGAUGUGGAUGCUGCAGAAUUAUACCCUUGCGUGAUGUUUUAUAGCAGCAACCCUGGAGAAAAGGUCAAGAUCUGCGACAUGCAGAUGCGCGGCACCCCGAGGGACUUGCUCCCGGGGGACCCCAUCUGCAGCCCCGUGGCCGCCGUGCUGGCGGAGGCCACGAUCCAGCUCCUCCGCAUCCUCCACCGCACAGACCGGUGGACGCACGGCAUCAACAAAAAGAUGAUGGAGCGGCUGCGCAAGAUCAAGACGUGCCUGAAAGACUCGGGGGCUCAGAAGCUGAAGAAAAGCCGCUCCCUCCAGAGCCGAGACGAGAGCGAGACCCGCGAGGAGAAGGAGGAGGGCAGGGAAGAGGAGAAGGGGAAACAUGGCAGCCGGCACGGCCUGGCCGACCUCUCCGAGCUCCAGCUGAAGACCCUCUGCGUGGAGGUGUGGCCCGUGCUGGCGGUGAUCGGCGGAGUCGACGCGGGGCUCCGCGUGGGGGGCCGUUGCGUUCACAGGCAGACGGGGCGGCACGCCACCUUGCUGGGCGUGGUCAAGGAAGGCAGCACGUCGGCCAAGGUCCAGUGGGACGAAGCGGAGAUCACGAUCAGCUUCCCAACUUUUUGGUCGCCUAGUGACACGCCGUUGUACAAUCUGGAACCUUGCGAGCCACUGCCCUUUGACGUCGCGAGGUUUCGGGGACUGACGGCCGCCGUGUUGCUGGACCUGACGUAUCUGACGGGGAUCCACGAAGAUCUGGGGAAGCAGGGCGUCAAGAGACACGAGAAGAAACACAGACACGACGUGGAAGACAAAAGUGACGUAGACCUGAAAACGGAUGGGGACUCUACGUCAGAGGCACGGUCGGCGCCGAGCACUGAGGACGUAAAAGGACACGGAGCUACAAGUUCCAAAUCAGACAGUGAAGUGGCUUCGUUUUCUUUAGAAACCAUUUCUUUAGGCAUGGAUUGCCAGCAUCCGAAUGCGGAAGGCAAAAGAAAGAAUCAUGAACACGCUUCCAAAAAUCAUGACGUGGUGCAAUCAGAAAUCCGGGCCGUGCAGCUGUCCUACCUGUACCUCGGUGCUAUGAAAUCCCUCAGCACUCUUCUCAGCUGUAGCAAAUAUGCUGAACUGUUACUAAUCCCGAAAGUCUUGGCGGAGAGCGGGCACAACUCUGACUGCGCCAGUUCCCCCAUCGUCCACGAGGAUGUCGAAAUGCGCGCCGCCUUGCAGUUCUUGAUGCGCCACAUGGUGAAACGGGCAGUCAUGCGCUCUCCCAUCAAGAGGGCGCUUGGGCUGGCAGAUCUGGAGCGGGCGCAAGCCAUGAUCUACAAACUAGUGGUCCACGGGCUGUUGGAGGACCAGAGUGGCGGCAGAAUUAAACCAGAAGCGGAUCAGCAAGCUGAGGAGAGCGACCCAGCUCAGCAGGCCCAGACGCCGGUCACCACAAGCCCAUCCGCCUCCAGCACCACUUCGUUCAUGAGCAGCUCUCUGGAGGACACCACGACAGCCACCACUCCGGUCACGGACACGGAAACGGUUCCUGCCUCCGAGUCGCCCGGCGUGAUGCCCCUCAGCCUCCUUAGGCAAAUGUUCUCAAGCUACCCGACGACGACGGUGCUUCCGACUAGACGCGCGCAGACGCCUCCCAUCUCCUCCUUGCCGACGUCUCCCUCCGACGAGGUGGGCCGGAGACAAAGCCUCACAUCCCCGGACUCCCAGACCGCCAGGCCCACCAACCGCACAGCUUUGUCAGAUCCAAGCAGCCGCCUUUCAACGUCCCCUCCGCCCCCGGCUAUUGCGGUGCCGUUGCUAGAAAUGGGUUUCUCUCUCCGGCAGAUUGCAAAAGCGAUGGAAGCCACAGGUGCCAGAGGGGAAGCAGACGCCCAGAAUAUCACAGUCCUGGCCAUGUGGAUGAUCGAGCAUCCCGGGAACGAGGAAGACGAAGAGCCUCAGCCGGAAGAGACGGCAGACCCGCGCCAAGGGUCGAUCAUCUCUGGGGGCAGCGGGAAGUCCAGCGAGCAGGGCUACUUGCAGUCUCCUGGGGACAUCCCUUCAGCGGAUGCCACUGAAAUGGAGGAAGGCUUCAGCGAAAGUCACGAGAAUAUGGACCACGCAGAAAACUCAGCCUCUGGGAGUGGGCCUGCUUCAAGGGGCCGGUCAGCAGUGACCAGGAGGCACAAAUUUGAUUUAGCUGCUCGGACGCUGUUGGCACGUGCCGCGGGAUUGUACCGCUCUGUACAGGCUCACAGGAAUCAGACCCGGAGAGAGGGGAUCUCCUUGCCGCAAGAUCCCGGAGCGUUGUACGACUUCAACUUGGACGAAGAGCUGGAAAUCGACCUGGACGAUGAAGCCAUGGAGGCCAUGUUUGGGCAAGACCUGGCCAGCGAGAACGACAUUCUGGGAAUGUGGAUCCCAGAGGUAUUGGACUGGCCAACCUGGCACGUCUGCGAGUCGGAAGACAGGGAAGAAGUCGUCGUGUGUGAGCUGUGCGAAUCUAGCGUCGUCAGCUUCAAUCAGCACAUGAAAAGGAAUCACCCGGGCUGCGGGCGCAGCGCAAACCGGCAAGGGUACCGCAGCAAUGGCUCCUACGUGGACGGAUGGUUUGGGGGUGAAUGCGGAAGCGGGAAUCCGUACUACCUCCUGUGCGGCAGCUGCCGGGAAAAGUAUUUGGCCCUGAAGAGCAAGUCUAAGACCUCUGCCUCGGAAAGGUACAAAGGGCAGGCGCCAGACCUGAUUGGGAAGCAAGACAGCGUCUACGAAGAAGACUGGGACAUGCUGGACGUUGACGAGGACGAAAAACUGACCGGCGAGGAGGAAUUUGAACUCUUGGCCGGACCCCUCGGGUUGAACGAUCGCCGCAUUGUGCCCGAGCCCGUUCAGUUUCCAGACAGCGAUCCCCUGGGCGCCUCCGUCGCCAUGGUCACGGCCACCAACAGCAUGGAGGAAACCUUGAUGCAAAUCGGCUGCCACGGGUCCAUUGAGAAGAGCUCCUCUGGCCGAGUCACCCUGGGAGAGCAGGCAGCCGCUCUGGUCAACCCGCACGAUCGCAUCAUGGCCUUACGGAGGGUGACGGCCGCGGCUCAGGUGCUCCUGGCGAGAACGAUGGUGAUGCGGGCCUUGUCCUUGCUGUCAGUCAGUGGUUCCAGCUGCAGCCUGGCCGCCGGCCUGGAGUCUUUGGGCCUGACCGACAUCCGGACCCUGGUGCGCUUGAUGUGCCUGGCUGCGGCUGGGAGGGCGGGCCUCUCCACCGGUUCCUGCACAGCCUCCAUCUCCUCGGAGAGGUCCCGCGGAGUGCACAGCAAAAUGAGCAAGCCCAUUUCCUGCUUGGCCUACCUCAGCACCGCCGUGGGGUGCUUGGCUUCCAACACACCGAGCGCUGCCAAGCUGCUGGUCCAGCUGUGUACACAGAACCUGAUUUCAGCAGCGACAGGUGUUAAUCUGACCACCGUGGAUGACCCGAUGCAGCGGAAAUUCCUGCCCAGCUUCCUGCGAGGAAUAGCGGAAGAGAACAAGCUCGUGACGUCUCCCAACUUUGUUGUGACUCAGGCCCUCGUGGCCUUACUGGCAGACAAAGGGGCCCGGUUGAGGCCCAAUUACGACAAAGCGGAAGUGGAAAAGAAAGGCCCCCUGGAGCUGGCUAACGCACUAGCCGCUUGCUGCCUCUCUUCAAGGUUGUCCUCCCAGCACAGGCAGUGGGCCGCCCAGCAGCUCGUGCGGACUCUGGCCGCUCACGACCGAGACAACCAGGCCAGCCCCCAGACCCUGGCCGACAUGGGCGGAGAUCUGCGCAAGUGCUCCUUCAUCAAGCUGGAGGCUCACCAGAACAGGGUCAUGACUUGCGUGUGGUGCAACAAAAAGGGCCUCCUGGCCACCAGCGGGAACGACGGGACGAUUCGGGUUUGGAACGUGACGAAGAAGCAGUACUCUCUGCAGCAGACGUGCGUCUUCAAUAAAAUGGAAGGCGAGGCUGACGACAGCCUAGGGUCACCCAGUGACCCUUGCUUAUCUCUGGUCUGCUGGAGUGUCAGUGGCAAGUAUCUGGCUGGAGCCCUGGAAAAGAUGGUGAACAUCUGGCAAGUGAAUGGUGGGAAAGGCCUCUCGGACACUCAGCCUCACUGGGUAUCCGCUCUCGCGUGGCCCGAGGAAAGCCCAGCAGCAACCUGGACAGGAGAGUCCCCAGAAUUGUUGCUGGUCGGACGCAUCGACGGGUCCCUUGGGCUGAUCGAGGUUGUAGACAUUUCCACCAUGCGCAGAGUAGAACUGGAGCACUGCUACAGGAAGGAUGUGUCCGUCACCUGCCUCGCCUGGUUCAGUGAAGACAAGCCUUUUGCGAUUGGCUAUCUGGACGGGAAGCUGCUGAUAGGAACGAGAGAGCCGCUGGAGAAAGGAGGAAUUGUUCUGGUCGACGCACACAAGGACACUAUCAUUAGCAUGAAGUGGGACCCGACGGGGAGGAUACUCAUGACGUGUGCUAAGGAGGAAUUGGUGAAACUCUGGGGACACUUGGGGGGCUGCUGGCAACAUCUGUACUCCCUUUCUCACCAAGCGGCUGUGAACACCAUCGCCUGGUGCAGCCUGCCCGGGAAAGGGCCGAAGCCGCAGCUCUUGCUGGCUACAGGGUGCCAGAACGGCUCGCUUUGCGUUUGGACCGCCCCCCAAGACGAGAUGGCCUUGCUGCAGCCCAAUUCAAGUUGUUCGGGAGGCUGGUGGGAUGAGGAGACGAGUGGCAAGGAGUCAUACAGGACGGUAGCAGAAGCCACGUGCGUCUAUCAGCUGAAAGGGCACAUCACACCUGUCCGGACAGUGGUCUUCAGUUCCGACGGACUUACCUUGGUGUCAGGUGGACUAGGUGGCCUGAUGAACAUUUGGUCCUUACGGGACGGCUCAGUCUUGCAGAGUGUCGUAAUAGGUUCAGGAGCGAUACAGACCACCGUGUGGAUCCCGGAGGUUGGCGUCGCUGCUUGUUCCAGUCGAUCAAAGGAUGUGUUGGUGGUGAACUGUACGUCGGAAUGGAUCUCUUCCAGCCACGUCCUGGCCACGUGCAGGUCUGCCUUGAAGCAGCAAGGCAUCCUGGGGCUCAACAUGGCCCCUUGCAUGAGGGCUUUCCUGGAGCGUCUGCCCCUGAUGCUGCAGGAGCAGUACGCCUAUGAAAAGCCCCACGUGGUGUGCGGAGACCAGCUUGUCCACAGCCCCUACAUGCAGUGCCUGGCCUCUCUCGCCGUGGGUCUCCACCUCGAUCAGCUCUUGUGCAACCCGCCCGUCCCGCCUCAUCACCGGACCUGCCUCCCCGAUCCCUCCGCCUGGAAUCCGACCGAGUGGGCUUGGCUGGAAUGCUUUUCAACCACCAUCAAAGCUGCGGAGGCUUUGGCCAAGGGGGCCCACUUCCCAGAAUCCUUCACAGUUCCAGACCUGGAGCCUGUUCCGGAAGACGAGCUUGCACUCCUGAUGGAUAACGGCAAAUGGAUCAACGGGAUGGAUGAGCAGAUUAUGUCUUGGGCGACAUCGCGGCCGGAGGAUUGGCACCUCGGUGGGAAAUGUGACGUGUACCUAUGGGGAGCCGGCCGGCAUGGGCAGUUAGCUGAGGCUGGGCGUAACGUUUUGGUACCUGUGUCAGCACCAUCCUUCUCGCAAGCUCAGCAGGUCAUUUGCGGUCAAAACUGCACAUUUGUUAUUCAAGCGAAUGGGACGGUUUUGGCCUGCGGAGAAGGGAGUUACGGUCGCCUGGGACAAGGCAACUCGGACGAUCUUCACGUCCUCACUGUGAUUUCGGCUCUUCAAGGCUUUGUGGUGACCCAGCUGGUGACUUCUUGCGGCUCUGACGGGCAUUCCAUGGCUCUGACGGAGAGCGGCGAAGUUUUCAGCUGGGGGGACGGCGAUUACGGCAAACUGGGCCACGGCAACAGCGACCGGCAACGCCGCCCCAGGCAGAUCGAGGCCCUGCAGGGAGAAGAAGUGGUGCAGAUGUCCUGCGGCUUCAAGCACUCCGCGGUGGUGACAGCCGACGGCAAACUCUUCACGUUUGGGAACGGCGACUACGGCCGGCUGGGGCUGGGGAACACGUCCAACAAGAAGCUUCCGGAGAGAGUGACCGCCCUGGAAGGCUAUCAGAUCGGAGAGGUGGCCUGUGGGCUGAACCACACCAUAGCUGUGUCCACAGACGGCUCGAUGGUUUGGGCGUUUGGUGACGGGGACUAUGGGAAACUUGGCCUGGGGAACUCCACUGCCAAAUCCUCGCCACAGAAAGUAGAUAUCCUGUGUGGAAUCGGAAUCAAAAAGGUCGCAUGCGGGACCCAGUUUUCCGUGGCGCUGACGAAAGACGGGCACGUGUACACGUUUGGGCAAGACCGUCUGAUCGGGUUGCCAGAAGGUAGAGCCCGAAACCACAACCGCCCGCAGCAAGUUCCGGCCUUGUCGGGAAUCUUUGUUGAAGAUGUCACUGUUGGAGCCGAGCACACCCUCGCCUUGACCUCUUCGGGGGACGUCUACGCCUGGGGGAGCAACUCAGAAGGGCAGCUUGGACUGGGCCAUACCAAUCAUGUCCGGGAGCCAACGCUGAUCACUUCUCUGCAAGGAAAGAAUGUCCGGCAGAUUUCUGCAGGAAGGUGCCAUAGUGCUGCAUGGACCGCCCCGCCUGUUCCCCCCCGAGCGCCAGGCGUGUCCGUUCCCCUGCAGCUGGGCUUACCUGACGCCAUCCCUCCGCAGUACGGGGCGCUGAAGGAGGUGAGCAUCCACACGGUCCGAGCCAGGCUGCGGCUGCUCUACCACUUCUCCGACCUCAUGUAUUCUUCCUGGCGCUUGCUCAACCUCAGUCCCAACAAUCAGAACAGCGCAUCCCAUUACAAUGCUGGAACGUGGGGAAUUGUCCAAGGGCAGCUGAGGCCGCUCCUCGCCCCGAGGGUCUACACUCUGCCCAUGGUCCGCUCCAUCGGGAAGACCAUGGUCCAAGGGAAGAACUACGGGCCGCAGAUCACAGUCAAAAGGAUCUCAACAAGAGGUCGGAAGUGCAAGCCGAUUUUCGUCCAGAUAGCCCGGCAGGUGGUCAAGCUCAACGCUUCCGACCUCCGCUUGCCCUCCCGUGCCUGGAAAGUGAAGCUGGUUGGCGAAGGUGCCGACGAUGCCGGGGGCGUCUUUGAUGACACCAUCACAGAAAUGUGCCAGGAACUUGAAACGGGUGUCGUCGACCUGCUGAUUCCUUCCCCCAACGCCACAGCCGAAGUUGGCUACAACAGAGAUCGGUUCCUCUUCAACCCUUCGGCCUGCUCGGACGAGCACCUGCUGCAGUUCAAGUUCCUGGGCAUCCUGAUGGGCGUGGCCAUCCGGACCAAGAAGCCCCUGGACCUCCACCUGGCCCCGCUGGUCUGGAAGCAGCUCUGCUGCAUCCCGCUGGCCCUGGAGGACCUCGAGGAGGUGGACCUUCUCUACGUGCAGACCCUCAACAGCAUUCUUCACAUUGAAGACAGCGGGAUCAUGGAGGAGAAUUUCCACGAGAUGAUUCCUCUGGAUUCUUUUGUGGGCCAGAGUGCCGACGGGAAAAUGGUUCCCAUAAUCCCUGGUGGGAACAGCAUCCCCCUGACCUUCUCUAACAGGAAGGAAUACGUGGAGAGAGCCAUCGAGUACAGACUCCAUGAAAUGGACCGUCAGGUGGCCGCGGUGCGGGAGGGGAUGUCGUGGAUCGUGCCGGUCCCUUUGCUCUCCCUCCUGACCGCCAAGCAGCUGGAGCAGAUGGUCUGUGGGAUGCCCGAGAUUUCCGUCGACGUCCUGAAGAAGGUGGUGCGCUACAGGGAGGUCGACGAGCAGCACCAGCUGGUCCAGUGGUUCUGGCACACCCUGGAGGAGUUCUCCAACGAGGAGCGAGUCCUUUUCAUGAGGUUCGUGUCGGGGAGGUCUCGCCUGCCAGCCAACACAGCGGAUAUUUCUCAGCGUUUCCAAAUCAUGAAGGUUGAUCGGCCUUAUGACAGCCUGCCUACCUCACAGACCUGUUUCUUUCAACUGAGGCUUCCCCCCUAUUCCAGUCAGCUAAUCAUGGCCGAGCGUUUGCGCUAUGCAAUCAACAAUUGCAGGUCUAUCGACAUGGACAAUUACAUGCUGUCCCGCAACGUGGACAACGCCGAGGGCUCGGACACAGAUUAUUGACUCUGUGCACACCCCCACCCCCACAAAAAGACAACGACAAAGCCCAUCUUUCUCUCUCUCUCCUCCUCGCACAUAGUGUCCCAUCUCCGAGUUCAAUGUUGACGCCAUUUUAUGGUAACGAUAGAUGUUUUAGAAACCGACCGACCAGUGGCCACCUUUUUAGUUGCGAUAAAUGUAAUGAAACUUAGAUGUGUUUAUUUUAUUUUUUUGGUGAUUGUAAACAAAGGUAAGCGAAACUGAGAUCAAACAACAGGGUUCCCCCCUCCCUUCCCUUCCCCCCAUAUAUAUUUUUUUUUUUGGUUCUCUUUUGCAUGGAGCCUUUUCUUGGUGCGUUUUGUUGGGACAGGUGCGUUCGUCGAGCCCCUCCCCAAGUGAACACAAAGAGUUGUACAUUGUGUAUAAUUGUUCAUUAGAAAGGACAGUUUUACAUGAAUAUUCAUAUAUUUAUUUUUGUUUUGAUUUGAAAUGCCUGUGCAGGGUUCCUUAUGCAGAGACAAAUAAAAAAAGAAAAGAAAA